AUAUACUUUCCUCUGAGUCUCGUCUCCACCCGCAGACUCUGGUAUCUCCUUCGACUGAGCUGUAAGACUCGACCGCAAAUUCGUGUACACGGGCUACGCGCAGUUUUCCACCUUGCCUCGUGGGCCAGGCAGGGCAACUAUAUUCGAUUGCGAGACAAUGUCUGGUAUCAACCACGAUUGGGACUGGUACAUGCCGCCGCCAGCGACGAAGCAGACACCGGUCCCUGAAGCCAUGAAUUCCAAACCAGGCAACGUUACCGAGCUGGAUCAUCGAAAAAGAUUCGAAGAGGAGGACGCAUCUGUGGAUGGCGAACUACUUAGUAUAGCUCAUUUCGACUCCAGAUACGAACGAGUCUCUAGACUGAGUGUUGAAACCCAAUCAGAUACCGCAUCUUUGUCCACAAAUUCAAGCUGGAGACACAGUAUCAGAGACCCCACACCCCGGCAGUCCUACAAAUCCAUUACCGUCUCCAGAUCUGUCCGUACUUCAGCUUUCGAUCGAAUCGAUGAAGAGCUUGAGAAUAAAAUAGUUGUUGGGGAAUUCAAAAGCUUGCACCGAGUUCCAUGCCGUCGCCAUGCUUCACCUCCUACCACGACUUCCCAGAAAUCAGACUUCGAGACGCGAUCUCAAGCUCAGCACAAAAACGUACCAACCUGUCCAGAUUGUCUUUAUUCAGCCAUCCAUAACUUAAGCUGGUCUGCUACAUAUCUUAGCCUUCACGUUUUCCAGGCAGAGCUGAAAUUGACCAGCUUGUCUGAUACCACAGCUGUUGAUGUUGUGGGAAAUUCUGCUCUGCAUUAUGCUGCCGCUGCUGGUGCACAUGUGGCGUGUAUCAUUUCGCUCAUACAAGCUAAAGUCAAUCCAUAUCACAUCAACACUGAAGGCCAAUUGUUUUUACAUUGCCUACAACCAAAUUGGACAGCAGGACAGAACUCUGUCCAAUUGUGGAGCGUAAAUCUCAUUACCACACUUAAGUUCUUACAACACUUGGAUCUAACUGGAUCAGUCGCAUCGUUUCGUUGGCGAGAUAAUGAAGGUCGGACGUUCCUGGAUACCAUUGCCUCUCGUAUACAAGAUGAUAAUACGAAAGAUCAAGUUUUUCAACUCGUUCUGAAUGCAGGUUAUUCCAUGCAGCUUUCUGAUCACUUCCUAGAAAUGAUUGUGCGGGAUCCCCUUAACGCAAGUGAUGAUGUCUCUACUACUAAAAAGAAACUACAAAACGCUUGCACAACUUUCGACCACGCCCUAUCUGAUCCGAACUAUGUCGACACUACGACCAGAGAUAACGUCUUCCAUGCACUGUCCAGAUUGAAACUCCUCGAAAAUAAUACUCUCAUAUCGAGGAUCGAGGACUUCGCUUCAAAGGACGUCGACCUCAACCACUUAAAUCGAGAGCGCCAGUCCCCGCUUACAGCAUUCAUACUCAACAGACCUUGGCCCGGUUUCGAAAACCAAGAAACCGGAGCCACGAUGUCGAAAUACCUCGACGCACUUCUGUGGAAAGACCGCCGACGGUUCAUCCCGAACAAAAUCAAUGUCAACAUGCGAGACGGAAAGGGAGCAACUGCUUUAUACUAUGCUGCUGUCCGAGGAAGGCCUGACUCUGUUAGGAGUCUUCUUGAUGCGGGGGCCAAUCCUAAUGCUCGCGUGGGAGUCGAAGGCCAGUCUCGGAGCAUACUUGAGGCAACAGUGAGUGCUCUCGAAAGUGAUUACACCCAGGAUGCAGUGAAGCUGCAUGAGUACGAUGAAGUUAUCUCUUAUCUGGGGCAUGAAGGAGCAGUGAUGUCUCCGACGUUGCUUCAGGAAAGAAGGGUGUGUGCAAAUACUGUCAGAUUGAUGCCUUUGUGAGGAGUUCUUUCGCGGAUCGAGUCAGCCCCGGAUGUAUGGAGUCAACGAUGUACGAGAAACGCAGUUCAAUUGUACUUAUACUUUGCUUUUGAGUAGACCUCUGCGAGUUUAUUGCACGAGAGACUGUGUCCUGGUGAAUGAACUCUCAUGACCGAUCUUUGCGAACUUGUAUGAUACUUAUAUCAGACCAUUGCGGACCAUAUUUUCAUG